GUGAAAUUCCCUCUGUGCCCCUGAACCGAACCGGAAGACCCUCUUUCCGCGUCUUUUGACACUUCCAGGAAUCCUUCCACGGUCAAUACCUUCUGACGUCAGUUCCAAUGCGCUUCUGUUCAAUAGUCUGCGCUGCCUCAGUUGGCACUUGCAUGCAAAUCUUCGUCUCUGUCUUUAUCAUAACCCUCGUCUCAUUCCUCUGGAGCCGCCGUCAUCACCCGAGAGUCUCGAGGCCAGAGAUCACCAACCUUCUCAGACCAGUCCCUCCCGAGAUGUCUUCUUCCCCACGCCUCCCGGGGCAGCCGAGCCAAGAGAAGGUAAUCGAGGAGGAAUACCCGAUCGCACGACUUCCAUACAACGAGGACACAAUUGUUACCCUGGUCGGCGAUAUCUACCGUAUCUUCGUCCAGCUUGGCUACAUGAACAACCGCGCCGAUGGCGAGAAGGAACUUGUCUGGCCCCCACCAGAAGGCCAUUCCAUCAAUGAAGCUAUCUGCAAAGAGCUCAAUCUCAGUCCUAAGGUGAUCUCCUUGAUGCGACGUCUGCCAUAUCCAGUCUCUUACCACAUCGCGGCCGAUCUUCCCUUCAAGCCGUGGUCCACAGCAUUCGCAUACACCGAAGACCGUCAAAUUCGAGACGGUCGCGAUCCGGGUCGCUGGAUUUUCGACGAGCCGCGAACCGAUUUCCUUCUCCCGCACGAGAUCGCUCUCGCGGGCGCGGAUGAUGAAGGGAUUCACCUUAUUCUUGACACACAAGAAAAUAUUAUCCGAGCACCGGAUUGGGAAGAACUCGAGCUAGAAGAUGAGCACGGCAAUUCCCUCUUCCGAAGCCUUCCUUCCCAUCAUGCACCAACGUUUUUGGCGGAGUAUGUAAACAAGCUCAGGUCUCUGGAGAUCAUCCCGGGUGGUCAAGAGAGCUAUGGCUGCUUCUAUGAUGAGCAUGGUGGGAAGAUGUACCCAAUGAUCAAAAAGGUCCUACAGGAGCAGUAUGGCUGGCCGUAUGAUUUUCGAGAGACAGAAUGGAAGGCCGCGGCUAGAGACACUCUAAAGCGCCUGGAGCAGUUGUACCCAUAGCUUACGGUUAGGACAAAGUGGACAUAGAUGGUAGUGGAAGCAAACUGUCAGAAAGAGAUUCUUGGAGGAACAGCUACUAUUGC